GAAUUUUGAGCUUAAGGAAAAACUACCUGUAAUGCUUAAAGGUUAUCAAUAAAGCUUCAUUGGAACAAAUGUCCUCUAAUUAUUGGUUUCAAACAUGGAAAAGUGUGAUUCAGGGAUGUCUUCUGUUUUUAAUGCUUGUUUUAUUGUAAAGCACUUUGUGGUUUGUGACCUAUGAAAGGUUCUGCAUGAAGAAAGUUUCCUGGCUUAAUCCUGAGUGAAUGUGUUAGUUUGCAAUAAGGUUAAUUAUUUUGGAUCCAUUUUUAUUUGAUAAUAUUCUUGAAAAUCCCAAAACUUUUUUGUUGACAUCCCUUUUGAAUUUUUUUCCCUUACUCCAGUCAUUGUGUUGGUGCUUUUUAUUUCUACUUGAGGCUGCAGUGUGCCCUGCAUGGGGGGGGGGGGGGGGGGUCGCCCUCAUCUAGAACCGCCUCUGACUCCAACUGUAUAUCAGUUAUUAAACCGGAGUAUCUGAAGAUGGCUCCGGACUGAAUGAAGUCAGAACCGGAGCAAACUCCCUCUCAUGUCUGAGAUUCCUCACAUGUCCGCAUGUGACCGUCCACUGUCCGUCCUACCAGCCCGCAGGCUCUGGUUCCGGACGGUAACAGAAACACAAAGAGCGACUUUAACCCGUUAGUCGGUGUUUAUCUCUGGACUUUGGAGCUGAUAAUGACGGUAGCAGUGUGCUGAAGUGCGUCCAGCUGCCGGACCCCACGAUGGAUUUCCACGAUCUCUGUUCUUUUGAAUCUUUCCAGCAAUGCUGCGAUCAAUACGGCUACGGAGGGAACUUCCGGGACGUGGUGGAGCAGGAGUUCCGAAGGUCCAAAGGAGUUGCAUAUCUGGAUCAUGCUGCAGCCACUCUGUACCCGGAGUCUCUGCUCAGAGACUACUUCCGGGACAUUUCCACGAAUCUGUACGGAAACCCCCACAGCCACAGUCCCAGCAGCAGCUUGACACACGACACCGUGGAGCGGGUCAGAGACAGAGUGUUGCAGCAUUUCAACACCACCUCCAAAGAAUACUCAGUGAUCUUCACUUCUGGCUGCACAGCUGCUCUCAAGUUGGUGGCUGAGAGCUUUCCCUGGAGCUCCGGUGCUAAGAGGGAGGCUGGCAGUUUCUUCUGCUAUCUCACCGACAGCCACACGUCUGUUGUUGGCAUGAGAGGACGGACUGCAGCCCUGGGGGUCGUUGCCCUUCCCGUUGCCCCGCAGGAGCUGACAACCAGGGCAAAGGACAGAGUUCAGGGAGAAGAUGCUUCCUGCCAAACGCCGCACCUUUUCUGCUACCCGGCGCAGAGCAACUUCUCAGGGAGGAAGUAUCCUCUCAGCCAUGUGAGAGGCAUCCAGGCGAGACGCCUCUACCCGGCGUGCGACCUGCCAGGCCGCUGGUUCGUGCUGCUCGAUGCAGCUUCGCAUGUCGGCUGUUCCCCUCUAAGCCUUCAGGACUGCCCCGCUGAUUUCAUUCCCAUUUCCUUCUACAAGAUAUUCGGCUUCCCUUCGGGUCUGGGGGCUCUUCUUGUCCGUAACGACGCAGCAGGCAUACUAAAAAAGUCUUAUUUUGGAGGAGGCACAGCAGCAGCUUACCUUUCUGGAGAGGAUUAUUAUGUGCAGGUGGAAAACAUUUCUGACAGAUUUGAAGACGGCACUGUCUCCUUCUUGGACAUCAUUGCUUUAAACCAUGCGUUUGAAUCUCUUUACAGGAUAACAGGGAGCAUGCACAACAUCCAGCAGCACACUUUUGGCUUGGCACGCUACACUUACAUGCUGCUCUCAAGUCUUUGCCAUGGCAACGGUAGACCGGUGGCGCAGAUAUACACCGAGGGCCAGUUUGAGAGUCCAAUCACUCAGGGAGCAAUCCUGAACUUUAACCUCCUGGAUUCAAGUGGACAGAUAAUUGGGUACUCACAGGUGGACAGAAUGACCAGUCUGUACAACAUUCAUGUGAGAACUGGUUGCUUCUGCAACACCGGAGCCUGCCAGGCCUUCCUCGGCAUCUCCAGCCAGCAGAUGAAGAGAAACCUGCAGGCAGGUCAUGUCUGCGGGGACAACAUGGACUUGGUGGACGGCCAGCCGACCGGAUCCGUUCGCGUGUCCUUCGGCUACAUGUCCACCUUCGAAGACUGUCAAAACUUCCUGAAGUUUGUUGCCGAGUGCUUCGUGGAGAAACCCGUCACGGUAGACCAAGUCAGGCUGCAGAAGCUGAAAACAGCCGGGUCGCCAUCAGAGGAAUCCAAUGAACACCCUUCAGUUGAAAUUUCUAAUGGACAAAUCCACAAAGGAGCUGAGAAGAAAUCCACAGAAGCGUCUCGGAAAAGAUUUGGACAUGGAGGCUCAAAGCGCCCCGGGGAGGCUUACACUCUGACCAACAUCUAUAUUUACCCCAUCAAAUCCUGCAGCGCAUACGAGGUGCAGGACUGGCCGGUGGGGCCGCUGGGUUUGCUGUACGACAGAGGCUGGAUGGUGGUGAACCACAACGGUGUGUGUCUGAGUCAGAAGAGGGAGACGCGUUUAUGCCUCAUUCGCCCACAAGUCCACCUCGCCGCAAACAAAUUGUUCCUGCAGGCGUCGGGGAUGGAGAGCGUGUCGGUCCCCCUGGAAGACGACGUUCGGCUGCAUGCAGACUCUCGUGUGUGUCACAGUAAAGUUUGCGGGGACAGGGUGGAGACGAUGGACUGCGGAGACGAGGCUGCAUCAUGGCUUUCAGACUUCCUGGGACAGCCGUGCCGCCUGAUAAGACAACGUCCUGAUUACACACGAGAAAUGAAGAAGAAGCCAGCCGACGCUGCCGACUCCCCGCUCCUCUCCCUGGUGAACGAAGCUCAGUAUCUCAUGAUCAACCGUGCCAGCGUGGCGCUCAUUCAGGAUCUAAUGAGCAGCAGGCAGGACGGCUGUGAGGGCCAUCAGCUCCUCCACACGCAGAGCGUCAUCAGCCGCUUCCGCGCCAAUUUAGUCAUCGCUGGAGCAGAACCCUUUGAGGAGGAUAAUUGGUCACACUUGAUUAUUGGCGACACACGGUUCAUGGUCGCAGGUCGCUGCGGGAGGUGCCAGAUGAUUGGAGUAGACCAGGACACCGGAACCAAAACCAAAGAGCCGCUCAUCAGUCUGUCUGCAUACCGGACCGGGAAGGUGACCUUUGGUGUGUAUCUGAGUCACCAGGAUCCUGAGGGCUCUGCCAGAGCCAACGUCCUCUCUGUUGGGUCACUCAUCCGGGCCGAGCCACACAAUUACUGAACUGAUCAUCUGUAACAGCCUCUGUUUAUUCCACACUGCAAAAACACAAAAUCCUACAAAGAGUUUUCUGUUGACUUUCUAGUUCAAAUAUCUCAGUACUCUUAAAAGAAGACAAAACUCACUCAUGAGUAACAUUUCAGGAAGAUAGAGGAGCUUGUUUUAUGUCAGUAAUUUCUGAAUUUUGAUGAAAAUGUGCAGAUUAUUUCUCUAAUAACAGAAAAAAUGUCUUAUUAGUGAAAUAAUCUACCAGUGUGGAACUAGCACCCUAUAUCUAUACUCAUCAAGAAUUACUGACUUAAAUCAAGCUCCUAUAUCUCAGUUAGUUUUGUCUUAUUUCAAGUGUACUGAAGUAUUUACUAGAAACUAGACCAAAAAUAUUUCGGCACAUUAAUUUUUUUUUUUUGCAGUGUACAUACAGCUGUGGCCUUUUAUCCUCUCUGCAGGAUAAAAUUAUCUUAUCCUGCAGAUUUUCUGCUGUGAUUUUCUGACUGUGCUUGUUGUCCCGGUCGGCUCUGUCGAGUAUCAUGACGAAGCUCUGGUGGAUUAAAUAAAUCAGUUUAGUGUCAUUAGAUAUAAAAUUGCCCUGCCGAACCACAAAUAUUACCACAUUUUUUUGGUCUGGUUUCUAGAGCAAAUAUCUUAGCACACUAGAAAAAAGUCAAAAAUAACUCAAAUAAUUUUUCAGC